AUAAACUUCAUUUUGAAUCCAGUGGGGUCGGGUAGGGGUUUCCUGGAACACGGCUCACCUGGCCACCCUCCCCUCCCCCCUUCCCAGGGAACAAGGGAGAAGGAACAGAGCUGCCCUCAAGGGCAAGGCCUCCUCCUACUUCCCGCAGCUGUCUUUGCAGGCUUGACCUUCUCUCCUUAGCUAGAGGCAGGGGGUCUCCACCCCACGCCCAAAUCCAGGCGGUGGGAGGGUGGGUGGCUUUUUCCGGAUCAUUGGCUUACUCUCCCCACUCCCAGCCACCUGUUCGGGUUCCAUCGCGGCUCUAGGCUCCCUGGAGGGCGGCGGGGACAUUCCAAUCCUCCCACUACCCGCGCUAUGUCGCAGGGGUGGGGGGCCGCAAUUCCUCUCUUCCAGCCCCCAGCUUUGACCCGGUUUCUUCUCACUCAUUUCCUACUGGCCUGAGUAACCCCGAAGAGGAAACUAAGGAUUUGAUGAAUGGUUUGUAGUUGUUUACCACCCACCGCUGACGAAGAUGCAUCUCCAGCGACAGAAUGCACUUUCUGGGUACAGUCUGCGCUCUAGCAGAUAAUUGAAAGCCAAGCAAUCAAGAAGCCUCUUUCUCCAGACCAAAUAUGGUCACAAGCGUUAAGCAGCCUCCAGUGGAAAGGCUGGCCUUGGUCUCUUCCCGCGCCGGGGCGCACUCAGGCCCGCCCUUGGGCAGAAUCGCGGGUCACUGCAGCGCUACGGGUGCAACACACCUCGGCGCCCCACUGGAGGGGAGGGCGCGGCACCCAGGACUGGCCCUUCCUCGGCCUGGGCCCCUCACCCACGUGCCCUCCGCCACCCCCAGCCUUGGUUUCGGUCCACAACCCUUUGAUUAAACAGGCUCUGGCCACUUUCCCUUUGAUCCCGCCCCAAGUCCAUGGUAAACUCAAAGGAAUGCAGACCCAGGACUCCGAGGGAGAGGUCCGCUAGGGCCGGAGGAGGGGGUGAGGGGCACCCGUCUCCUCUUACCCUGCAAAGUACCCAUCACGCCCAGGGUUUUCUGGAGCUGGGGUGGGAAGAGGAGGAGGAAGAGGAGGGGCACGCGGGGGCAGGCCGGCUCGGGACUUGGAGGUCAUGCAUAAUUCAACAGCUCGACUUUCGGACCCGCCUCUUUCCUGGGGGUGGGAGUUUGCUCCAAACUUUGUUUAUGGGACAGUCCGGGAGCUGCCGCUGCCGCGCUGUCUGCUUUUCCUACGCCUCCUCCUUGGCGAGCGCGAGUGCCUGAGGCCAGCUCGGGGGAUGUGAGAGUCGAAGUUCCUGGGCUGCCAGACGCCAAGUCAGGUCGGGAUUUGCCAGCCGGGCCCCGGCCCCGGCUCUGCCAGCUCGGGACGCACCCGAGCGACCCAGGCCCGACGGCGAGUUGGGGUGGAACGGCGGGCUUGGCUUCGCUGCCCGGCCAGACGAUGAAUCCAGCGUCGGCGCCCCCUCCGCUCCCGCCGCCCGGGCAGCAGGUGAUCCACGUCACGCAGGACCUGGACACGGACCUCGAAGCCCUCUUCAACUCCGUCAUGAAUCCGAAGCCCAGCUCGUGGCGGAAGAAGAUCCUGCCCGAGUCCUUCUUCAAGGAGCCCGAUUCUGGCUCGCACUCGCGCCAGUCCAGCACCGACUCGUCGGGCGGCCACCCGGGGCCGCGGCUGGCCGGCGGCGCCCAGCACGUCCGCUCACACUCGUCCCCCGCGUCCCUGCAGCUGGGCCCCGGCGCGGGCGCCGCGAGUAGCCCGGCGCAGCAGCACGCACACCUCCGCCAGCAGUCCUACGACGUGACCGACGAGCUGCCGUUGCCCCCGGGCUGGGAGAUGACCUUCACGGCCACUGGCCAGAGGUACUUCCUCAAUCACAUAGAAAAAAUCACCACAUGGCAAGACCCUAGGAAGGCGAUGAAUCAGCCCCUGAAUCAUAUGAACCUCCACCCUGCCGUCAGUUCCACGCCAGUGCCUCAGAGGUCCAUGGCAGUGUCCCAGCCAAAUCUCGUGAUGAAUCACCAACACCAGCAGCAGAUGGCACCCAGUUCCCUUGCCCAGCAGAACCACCCUACUCAGAACCCACCAGCAGGGCUCAUGAGUAUGCCCAAUGCACUGACCACUCAGCAGCAGCAGCAACAGAAACUGCGUCUUCAGAGGAUCCAGAUGGAGAGAGAGAGGAUUAGAAUGCGUCAAGAGGAGCUCAUGAGGCAGGAAGCUGCCCUCUGUCGACAGCUCCCCAUGGAAGCUGAGGCUCUGGCCCCAGUUCAAGCUGCUGUCAACCCGCCCACCAUGACCCCAGACAUGAGAUCCAUCAGCAAUAAUAGCUCAGAUCCUUUCCUCAAUGGGGGACCGUACCAUUCGAGGGAGCAGAGCACUGACAGCGGCCUGGGGCUGGGGUGCUACAGUGUCCCCACAACUCCGGAGGACUUCCUCAGCAAUGUGGAUGAGAUGGACACAGGAGAAAGCACAGGACAAACACCCAUGAACAUCAACCCCCAGCAGACCCGCUUCCCUGAUUUCCUUGACUGUCUUCCGGGAACUAACGUUGACCUAGGAACUUUGGAAUCUGAAGAUCUGAUCCCACUCUUCAAUGAUGUGGAGUCUGCCCUGAACAAAAGCGAGCCCUUUCUAACCUGGCUGUGAUCACUGCCGUUGUAACUUGGAUGCAGCCAUGAGCUUACAUUUCCUGGGCCUCUUGGAAAAAGCAAUGGAGCAGAGCAGACCUGCAGGUGCGCCCCUCUCUGCCCCCAUGACCCGUGCUCCCUCCUUUUCAUGUUGCCAGUUUAAUCAUUGCCUGGUUUGGAUCGACAGUAACUUCAGUGUAAAUAAAUAUUCUGCUUUCAUUUUCUGCAACCCUGCAUUCUUGUGACAGAUUAUGCAGAAUUUUGUCUGCAGGAUUGACGAUGCAGAAUUCUUUUCUCCUUCUUUAUCCUUUGCCGCCCACGGCCACGCUGUAUGGGUGUUAGUAGAAAUUUAUACAUCAAUUGAUUAUAAGCCAUAAAAAGUUGAUCACAGGCAGUGAAUUCUGACAGGUGGGUUGGUCCAGGAAAUGUGUACAAAGCAAAACCUGAUUUACAGUUUCAAAAACUGUGUUGAUGACAGUAGUAAAAAUGCUUUAAAAAUUAUUUAACUUCAGCUUUAAAAAUCAUUUUAUGGAUAGUAAAAUUCUGCUGUAUUGGAAUACAAUGUAGUUUUGAAUCCA